UGUUUUUGUGGCGGGGUGAUUAGCCCCACCCUCUCCCUUUCGGAUUGGGCCUCUGAGCAAUGUAAGCUCCGCCCCCUUUGCAUCACUGUGACGACGUGAUUUUGGCGCGCUUUCGGAAGGAAGGCCGCCCCUUCUCCUGUCAGAGACGCCCGUGAAACUCCGAGGAGCGAAAAAGCCCCCGAGGAUAUGCGACGCCGCGAGGAGGUCGAUGCGACGCUGCAAGUCGCUAAACUAAACCCGGCGGAGCUGCUUCCAACGGUACAGUGCCUCAGUUUCAGUCCGCGGAUCGAUACCGGCGAUUACUGUCUUCUGCAACUGGAGCCGGAGUUGUGUCAGGAGUUGGAGGCGGGGCGAAGCCUGGUGAUCCGUGGAGAGAAAAAUGAACAUGCUGUGAUAUGUAGUAAGGAUAAGACUUACGACAUGAAAAUAGCAGAUACUUCCAAUAUGUUGCUUUUUAUUCCUUCCGGUGAAACGCCAGAGCAGCUUCGUGCAGGCAAGCCUACCACUAAUAUACUCCAUCCUGAGAUUGCAGGGUUCUCCAAUCAUUUUUGGGAACUAAAAAGAUGCCGGCCUAAAUUGAAGAAACUCAAGAAACUUCUAUUGGAAAAUCCUUAUGAAGGUCCAGAUAGUGAAAAAGAGAGAAUUGAUGCAAACUCAAAGUAUACAACAGAAGACUUCUUGGAUUUGGUCCAAGCAAGUGAGGAAGAAAUAAUGCAUCAGCUGAAGGUUCUGAAAGCAUGCCAAGUUCAAGGAUUCUGGAGGAUUCUAGACUUUGACUAUGAGAUGAAACUCUUGAAUCACGUGACCCAACUAAUAUAUUCAGAGUCCUGGUUAUUCAAUAAAGUCCCUUUAAGUAUAUGUGUUCGAGAACUUGGACCUCUAGAACCCAAGGAAAUGAUAGAACACAUCCUGGAAAGUUAUGGGGAAAAAUACAUGGAUGAAGGUGAGGCUUACUUUGAAAUGAAUGAAGAGAAGGUGUGUAGAGCAAUUGCACAAAUGCUCUUACAAAAUGCUGUCAAAUUCAACCUCUCGGAAUUUCAAGAAGUGUGGCAGCAGAGUGUCCCUGAAGGAAUGACAACUAGACUGGAUCAGUUAAAGGGAUUGGCUCUUGUGGAUAGAUCUUCUAAACCAGAGAUUAUUUUCCUGCUGACUGUUGAAGAUUUACCAGAAGAUGAUAAUGAAAGAUUUAAACGCUUGUUCUCUAUUCGGGAGAAAUGGACAGAAGCUGAUAUAGCUCCAUAUAUAGAGGAUUUAUGCUCAGAGAAGCAAACGACUGGCACACUUCUAACAAAAUAUGCUCGUUCCUCAGUGCAGAAUGGACUCAAAGUUUAUAAUUCAAGAAGACCCAUUUCAUAAGAAUUAUUUCAACUAAGUAGGGACUGAAAAUGUUCUAAAGACUGUCAACUUGUAGAUCAAUUUUUUGUGGUUUUGCCACAUAGUUUAAGACCCACAGUUUUCUCUGAGGCAUCUAAUAAUAUUAGCAUUUCUUGAGAGUUCUUUAUUGUUAAAACUGAUAUUUCUAGAAAAAUGUAAAUACCAAUAUCUGAGUAUUUCAUUCAACUCCUUUCUGUAUUUUGUUUAAAUUAAAUCUGUAUUAAAAUUUAAAAAAUUGUAUAGCUUAAAGCACACAUUGUAAAGAAGAUCAGUUUAAGAUAGAUAGAGGAUGGUUUUCUUUAACCUUUCCUUUAUAUUAAUUAACGUUUCCUUGGAAGAACUAAAUCAGUCUAUCUGGACACAAUCUGCUACUUUGUUUCUAGCUUGCAGACCUUCCAGACAUUCUAACUUCCAGUUGAUAUCCCGAUAUAUACAGUUGGAGCAUA